AUGUCUAUCCUCCAAAAAAUAUACAGUAAUUAUAAAAAUGAAGAGAUCAAAAAAAAAAGUGGUGUCAUUGAUGACAAUCAUUCUUUUAAAUUAAAAAAUAAUUACAUAGAAAGUAAGGAUAGAUCUAUUAAUAAUUAUAAUCCUAAAAAUAUAUCCAAAAGAUUAUACAGUGAUACAAGUGAAACGUUUGAUAUUCUAAAAAAUGUAGAUUAUUUUGAAGAAGAGCAAGAAGAAAAUGCAACACAAAAAUGGUUAAUUGAAAAUUCACCAAAUUAUUAUAUAUUUGAUAAUUCAAAUAUAGAAAAGAAAAAAGAAGAAAAUAUAAAAGGAAUAAUAAAAGAAGAUAUAAAUAUAAUAAAUAACGAAUGUAUCAAUAAUUUAAAAAAGAACAAUAAAAAUAUUUAUCAAGAGGAUAAUCAAGGGAUUUCUAUAUCCAAAUUAUUUAUAACUUUAUUGUAUAAAAAGUAUUUUUCAAAAAAACAAAAAUGUUAUUCUCUCCUAUUAAAGAUUAAGAAAAGGGGGGAAAAAAUGUAUGACCACGUGAAUAAAAAUCAAUAUAAAAAGUCUUUACAUUUUUUUUAUAAUUCAAAUGAUAUACUUAAUAAAAUAAAUGAAAAGGUGACAGGUGAUAUUUGUAAUGAUAAUAUAAAAGAAGAGCAUAAUCUCAUAAAUCAUCAAAAUGAUAAUGAUUAUUUUAAUAUUUAUGAAAAGAAAAUGGAAAAUUUUAAUACUAUGGUGGAAAAAAAAAGAAAAGAAAUAAAGAAAAAUAAAACAAAUCAUGAACAGAAUAAUGAGAAGUAUCAUAAGAAGAGUGAUAAUAAUUAUCUUUUCAUUUUACCUAGACUUUUGUCGUAUUCCCAAUAUUAUAGGAAAAGAAAAAUUCUUAAAAAAAUCUACAAAUAUAUAAAAAUAUAUAAGAAUAAAAAAAAAAAUAAAUUAUCAAAACAACGAAAUUGUAAUUUAUUUUCGCUUUUCAAAUUUAUGAAAGAAAAGAACAAGAAAAAAGAAAAAAAAAAUAUAUAUAUAUACAACAAUAAUAAAAUAAAUAAUAAUAAUAAUAAUAAUAAUAAUAAAAUACAUGAUAAAUAUACAAAUCAAAAUAACAAUGCAGAUGAAAAACAAAAUGGUGUUAAUUUAUAUAUAUCACAUGAUAAUAUAAUUUCUGACAAACAGAUUGAUGAUAAUACGAAUUGUUUAGAAAAUUAUAUGCUUGAAAAUUUAUCCAUAGAAAAUUAUGAUUUGGAUUUUCAAUAUAUAAAAUCAAUAUUAAACAGUUGUAAUAUAAUAUUAAAUAAUAUAAACAAUAUAAAUACAUUAAAAGAAGAUAAUAAAAUUGAUAACAGCGAUGUUGAUAAGGAGGUGCAAGAAAUGAGCAAUUUGUACAAACAAAUUAAAAAUAACAAAAUUAUAGACCAUAUAAAAAAUGAUAAUAUUAAUGAUAAUAUAAAUGAUAAUAUUAAUGAUAAUAUUAAUGAUAAUAUUAAUGAUAAUAUUAAUGAUAAUAUAAAUGAUAAUUUUAUUACACAUAAAACAUGUAGAAACGUCACCAUAAAAUUAAAGAGAGAUAAAAAUAAUCCAAGACAACAUGUAUAUAUUAUUAAUAGAAAGGUUAAUUUAAAAAAAAAAAAACUCAAAAAUAUAAUAUAUAAAAUAAAGAAUUACAAUAAAACGAUUUAUACAAAUACAUAUAAAAUAAAUAAAAAUGCAUCUAUCAAACCAUAUAAAAAUUACACACAAAUUAAUGAUAAAUUUAUUACAUAUAUUAAAAAAUUUUAUAAAAAUAAAAAAAAAGGAAAAAAAAAAAUUGAACAAAUUUUACAACAUACAAACACAACACAUACACAACAUAUAAAAAAUUUUUCACAUAACAAUUUAGAAUAUAUAAAUAUGGAAGAUAUGAAUAAAAGUAAUAAGAUGAUAAGUAUAAACACACAAGAUAAUAUAGAUAAUAAUUUAUUUGUUGAACAAAAUCAAAAUGAUACAUAUUCAUAUAAGGGCAAUCAAAAGGAAUAUAAAAGAAAUAAAGUAACAAAUUUUGAUAUUAAUCAAAAUAAAGAAUAUACAAAUAUUAAAUAUAAUAAUAAUAAUAUAUAUACUAGUAAGGAUCAUAAUAAAAUUAAUCCAAUAAAAUUCUUUUUAAAAAAAAAAAAAAUUGUUGAUGUUAUAAAAAUAAAAAAGAAAAAAAAUAAAAUACACUUAGUAUAUUUUUAUGCAAAGAAUAAUAUAAAAAUUGGUGAGUUCUAUAUAGAAGAGAAUAUAUUAAAACAAUAUUGUAAAUUAUUUAAAAAACAUUUAAAUAAAAAGAAUAAUAUAUACACUGUUAUCAUUAAGAAGAAUCAUAUUAUAAAGAAAUAUAUUAAAAAAUGUUUAGAUAUUAUAAUGAAUAAAGAAAAUAUGAAUGAGUUUAUUGAUUCAUGUUUUACAUUAGAUAAGUUCUUUUGUCUAUUUUCUCUUAUAAAAAUUAAAAAUAAAAUACAUAUAUUUUUAAAAGAUAUUAAAAAUAUCAUAUUACAAAUAAAGAAACUUAUAAAUCAUAUAAAUAAAAAAUUAAAACAAAUUGAAAAUAUAAUUUAUCAGAUCGAAUAUAAAUUAUCUAAUAUGAUAAAUAAUAAUAAAAAUAAAGAUUUAGAAAAAAAUAUAAAAACUUUCAUGAAUAUUUUUUUAAUAAUUACAAAUAUAUAUAGUGAUAUUUGUAAACAUAUAAAUAAUCAAAGUUAUAAUAUCUCUUCAAAUAUAAAAUGUAAUGAAGAAAUUAUAAAAAGUUAUCUUAUAUUUGUAAGAAGCUUCUAUAAAUAUAUUAUAAAAAGUGUUGUAAAUAUAGAAUAUUAUUACAAAAAGAUAAAAAACAUAAAUAUAAAUAAUAUCAAAGAUAAUAAUAUUAAUAAUAUAAAAAACAAUAAUAAUAUAAAUAAAAUCAAAGAUAAUAAUAAUAUAAAUAAAAUCAAAGAUAAUAAUAAUAAUUGUAAUAAUAAUCUUAUUAAUAAUUAUCGUAAUGAUAAAUUUUAUGUUAACACAUCUUCUUCAUAUCAUAAUCAAAUAUGCCUCUUUUCUCAUAUACAUUCUAAACUUAUAGAUCAUUUAAAAAUACGUCGUAACAAAUUAUUAAUUUUUAAAAAAAUAUUAGAAGUUUAUUUAAUAGAAAUUACAAAUUUUGCUAAGUACCAAAAAGAAUAUAAUAACAACAAAAUAAAUUUCUUGAUAAAUUCUGCAUGUCCAUAUGAAUUAUUAUUAUUUUCAUCCUUAAUAAAAUGUAAUGUUUUGUGUAAUAUGAGUAUAAGAAAUAUAUGUAAUAGUUUACAUAUACAAACAUUUCAGCAAUAUCUAUAUAUAUAUAAUAUAUUUCUAAGUAAUAAAAUUAAAAAUAAGAUAUUAAGAUGUAUUAAAGAGCUUGCACCAAAAAAUGAUAUGAUUGCUAAAUGUCGAGACAUAAUUUUAAAUAAUUUACAUAUAAAUAAAAAUAAUCAAAUGAAUAAAUUAAAAAUAAAUCAGGAAACAAAUUGGAAUUUUCUUAAUAUGCAACAAUUAAAUAAUAAUGAUAAAAAAAAAUUAUCAUAUAAUAAUCUUAAUAAUUAUUCUAAUAUAUUAUUAAAAGAAAAUUAUAACAAUAUAAAAGAUACUCAAAAAAACAGCAAAACAAAAUAUAUAUGUAAACUAAAAAAUAUUAAAAAUAUAUUUAUAGCUAAAAAAAAUACAUCUCUUUUAUCUAAUACUACAACAAAUAAUAAUACAUUUAUUUUUUCUAAACUAAAUAAUAAUAAUAAUAAUAAUAAUAAUAAGGUUAUAAUAAAUUAUAAAAAUGUAUUAGACACUUUAAAAAAUAUAAGGAAAACAUUCUCAAUCAAUAGUAAUCCUACUAAAUAUAACAUGCCAAAUCAGAUGAACAACUUAAAAAAUCUGACAACUAACAAUAAGAAAAAGCAUAUCCAAAUGUGUGAGAAGGAAAUAAAUGAUGAUUAUAAAAAAAGCGAUCAUAAAAUAAAUUCUAUUUUUAUGAAACAAAGGAAUAAAAAAUAUAUAGUCAAGAAAAAAAUUGAUGCCUUACAAAAUCAAAUAAAAUCAUAUGAAUUAAAAGAUAAAAAAAAAAUAUAUAUAAAUGAUAAAGGGAAUGAUGUGAAUCAUAAUAUAUGCGAUCAUAAUAAGAUAGAGGAUACCAAUAAAUGUCAUAAUAAUAAUAAUAAUAAUAAUAAUAAAGAGAUGAAUAAGGAUGAAUAUAAUGAUAAUAAUAGUAAUGAUAAUACUUACAAUAAUGAUCAUCAUCGUCAUUAUGAAAGUGCAGAAUAUAAAGAAAAAAAAAGCAACAAUGAAAAAUCUCAUUGCAGUAAAGAUAACAAAAUAAUUCAAGAUAAUAUUAAAAAAAUUAAAGAACUUGAAAAGAAAUAUAAAAGCAUACAAGAGAAUAAAAAUAAAACAAAAUACAUAAAACAACAAAGAGAAUUAAAAUUAAAAACUAAUACUCGAAAUAAAAAUAUCAAAUUGUUACAAACUAAAAAAUUAAAAAAUUUACACAUUAAAAAUUAUAAAAAAAUUAGUAAAAAGAAUUUUAUAUCUAUAAUUAAUAAAGAUAAAAAAGGAUAUAAUACAAGAAUUAAAUUUAAAAUAAAUAAUCAAAAUUCCAAUCAUCCUAAAAAUAAUGAAGAACAAAAUAAAUUAAGUUAUAUUAAAAAUAAAAAAUGUGGUACUCAAUUAAUAAAUACAAAUAGAUUAUUACAACAUAAUAAUAUAUGUAAAAAUCAAAAGAUAGAGCACGAAAAAGAAAUUAUAUAUAAUAAUGAAAAAAAUAUAUUACCAUAUAAAUAUUCUAAUACAUCUUUAAUCAAAACUAAACAUAAUAAUAAUAUAUGUCAUAUUAAUAAUUAUCAGAAUAAUCAUUUUAUUAAUCUCUCAUCUCAAAAAAAAAAUAUAGACUUAUCAUCAAAUAAUUGUGUUAAAUAUAAAUUAUCUGACUUUUCAAACAAAUAUAAAAACAACAUUUUUAAUCAAGAAAAAUGUUCUCUAAUUUCAAAGAAAGAAAAUAUACAUACACAUAAUAUAACAAAUAAUAAAUUCAACAAUAAUUAUAAUAAUAACACUUCUGACAAUUAUAAUAAUAUACUAGAAUAUUAUAACAAAUACAACCAUAUACAUCACAGUGAUAAUUAUAUAUAUAAAGAAUAUGAAGAUAAUAUAUUAUCCAACUCAUCAAAUAAUAUGGAAAGUAUAAAUAAUAAAAAAGGAACAAGGAUAAAAAAUAUCAAUCCUCAAAAUCAAUACUUUUUUUUUUAA